UUGCUAUCUGUGUGCUUUUCCUGCUAUAUUACCCCCCCAACAGAGAUUUUAGAUUGCUAAUUAUAAUUUUUCCCCACAUCUAAUAUACAGAAAUACAAAUUAUUACAAAGAAGAGUUUGAUGGGUGGAUCAGUGAAGCAUAUAUAUAUAUUUUUUUGACCACAAACAAGAAAUGUAUAUAAAAAUAGUGUGGUGAGCAGGAAGAGGAACUGCUUGAGCCGCUACAGACACAGUACCAACUUCACAGAGAAGCAGGACGCAAGAAACCCUCACACUUCAUUCAACAUCAGAACAAAUCUAACAUGAGCUGCUUUUUUAUUUUUAUUCUCAUCAUUUCUGUUGAUGUCAUUCAGUCAUGGAGGUACUUUAGUCUUAAACCUGGAUCAUCUGUCACCAUCCCAUGUCGUUAUAAUAGGGAAUAUAUACAACAUAAGAAAUACUGGUGCUCUGGUUAUUAUUUCAGUUCCUGCACAAUUCAGGCAUAUGCCAGUUAUACAAAGGGGAGAGUGACAGUGACUGAUAACCCAGCUGAGAGUUUCUUUACUGUGACUCUGGAUAAUCUCCAGACAAAAGACACUGGAUGGUACUGGUGUGGUGUAGAGAUAUAUGGAUCAGAGGUUAGAGAAGCCCUUCAUAUCACAGUGAAAUCAGAUCCUGAUCUGUCAGUGAGGGAGAGCAGAGUGAGAGGUGAGGAAGGAGGCAGCGUCACAGUCCAGUGUCUCUACAGCACUCAGUAUCAGAAUACACAGAAGCAGUGGUGCAGAUUCAAAGACAGGAAGUGCUGGACAUUUACAAAGACUGAAACAUCCCAGAAUUCAGCAGUGCAGUUCAGUGAUAAUAAGAAUAGAUCCUUCAAUGUGCAGCUUAAUGGUCUGAAGAAGAGUGAUGCUGGCUGGUACUGGUGCAGUGCAGGAGAUCUGCAGGUUCCUGUUCACAUCAAUGUCACUGAUCCACCUCCAGUGACUACAACAGUGACUCCAACAGUGACUCCAACAGUGACUACAACCACUCACCAAGUCAGUACUUACAUAUCUGUCUCGAAGCACAAUUCAGCAGUGUCUGUGGAUUCAGUCCCCAGCAGUGAUGAAACUAUAGAGCCAGUGCAGUUCUGUAUCACAGACAACUGAAGGACGUGAUCUUGGUGACAUCGAGAAAAUAAGAAACUGGAAUGUUCGACUUAUAUGUUUAUUUUCAUACAAACAUCACAGUCAGUUGUGUGUUAUUCCUUUUCCAUUUCCCCUUACAGAUCAAUGAAUUCUAUCUAUCUAUCUAUCUAUCUAUCUAUCUAUCUAUCUAUCUAUCUAUCUAUCUAUCUAUCUAUCUAUCUAUCUAUCUAUCUAUCUAUCUAUCUAUCUAUCACCUAGUAAUACAGAUUUUUUUCUCUCAGUCAGUGGAGCUUUUCUGUCCAACAGC